AUGGAAAGCUUGGAAUCUCUCUCUCUCUCUCUCUCUCUCUCUCUCUCCCUCUCCGUUCUUGGUAUGGUACGGUCUCCCCUGCAGCACAACACAGCAACUGCCAACUGCCAACUGCAUCAUCCAACACUCACCCCCAUCCCACCCGCAACCCCCGCGAAAGAAAUUUCUCAGCUCCCUCGGCCAACCGCGUCUCCGCACUUCUUCCCCCUUCCCACCUUGGCCCGUCUAUUGCGCGCAAAAAAAAAGAAAAACAAAAAAAAAGGAAAGGGACCAGCAGCCUCCUUGCUGCCCAUUAUCGACUUUGUCUCUGUCGCGUCUAUCGCACCUCUUGGCGUUCGCGUGCCCCUCUAUCAAGACGGAGGGGUACGGCUGCCGCACAUGGGCGAUAGUCUCGUAACAGAUAUGACGGCACCAGUGGGCAAGGCAGAGGCUUCGCGCGAUGGGUCGACAGACUCUAUCGGAUCGUCGCCAGAACCCGGUCUUACGGAGACCUAUCCCCAGGAAGAGCCCCAGCAGCAAAAGCGCAAAGGCGGCCGCAAACCUAGCGUAAGCAGCGCAACAGACAGGCGCAAGCCGCCUUUCGUGAACGCCGCACAGAGUACAUCAAGCAGCUCGAGAGUACCAUCAAGCAUCAUGAAGAGACGCUGCAGAAUCUGCAAAACAGUCACCGCAACGCCGCCGACGAAUGCCUUAUGCUCCGGUAUAAGAAUUCUCUGCUUGAGAGGGUUCUACUAA